AUUAAGAUUUGGUAACAAACUAAAAAAAAGCACAUAUUGAAUGGUUCAGGCAAAAAAUGAAGGUUUACUUAGCAGCUCAAACUUUUAGCACAAGUGUGGCUGAUGCGUUAGAGUUUCCGAAGAAUUAUAGUAUUCCCCAAUUUAAGGAUUCGGAAGCUACCAUUAAUUUUAUUAGGAAAAUUGAUGCACUUUUUGAUAUCCUAAAUAGUAAGAGCCGAUAUAGUAAAGGCAAUAAGGCAGUUUUAAGAUGCAAUACUGAACAAAAUUGGAGACCUGUUAUGACCAGUAUUAUUGACUAUAUAUUAAGAUGUACAGAUAUAAAAAAUAGGCCAUUAUGGCUAACCCCAAGAAAAACAGCAGUCAUUGGUUUUUGUAUAUCUCCAGUAUCUAUUUGUGGAAUAUAUGAAUCGCCUAGUUUCAAAACCCGACAAAUCCAUUUUUCGAAAAAAAUGAGUUAUAUAUGUUAAUGGAUUCGUCUUCUAGUUCUAUACAACCUAACAUCAUAUAUACUUUGCAAACUGCGACAAAUCUUAUCAUUUCCUGGCAAUAAAACAUUGACUUUAUAUUUACUCUUUAACAACUCUAAAA